AGAAAUUGCAUACCUGUCAUCUUCCAAUUAACGGGCAUCACUCUCUCUCAUCUGCAUCUAUCUAUCUACCUCUGUUCAUUAAUCAAUCCAGCAGACGAAGAAAAGAUAUCCAACCCGAAUCGGCAACCCGGAUCCGCACCCGAAAAUGAACGAUGCCGAUGUAUCUAAGCAGAUCCAGCAGAUGGUCCGCUUCAUCCGCCAAGAAGCCGAGGAGAAGGCCAACGAGAUCUCAGUCUCCGCCGAGGAAGAAUUCAACAUCGAGAAGUUGCAGUUAGUCGAGGCCGAGAAGAAGAAGAUCAGACUAGAGUAUGAGCGUAAGGAGAAACAAGUUCAAGUGCGAAAGAAAAUUGAGUACUCGAUGCAACUGAAUGCUUCUCGGAUCAAGGUUCUUCAAGCGCAGGACGAUUUGGUCAAUUCCAUGAAGGAGGCAGCAGCUAAGGAGCUUUUGGAUAUUAGCCAUCACCACCAUAACUAUGAGCGUCUCGUGAAGGAACUUAUUGUUCAGAGUUUGCUGAGGCUGAAAGAGCCGUCUGUGUUACUGCGCUGUCGUAAAGCGGACUUCCAUUUUGUGGAGUCUGUCUUGCACUCAGCAAAGGAAGAGUAUGCCAAUAAGGCAAAAGUUCAUUCUCCUGAAAUCAUAGUUGAUCAUAUCCACCUUCCACCUGCUCCUUCUGAUGAAGAUGUUCAUGCCUCUUUCUGCUCUGGAGGUGUGGUGCUGGCUUCUAGAGAUGGGAAGAUUGUGUUUGAGAACAGUCUUGAUGCUAGACUGGAUGUUGUGUUCCGUAAAAAACUACCAGAGAUCCGCAAGAGCUUAUUUAGUCAGGUUGCUGCAUGAUGAUGGUGGUGGAAAGCAUACGUAUUUACCAUUUUAUGUUGGUUUCCGAGUCUUGUCAAGCUUUUCUUUUUUCGUGUUUGAGAUUGGCCAUUGAAUUCUAGAAAAUGAUUCUGUGAUAUGAUGACUUGUCCUGAUAUUCGUGUUUCUAUUCAAGGUGCGCUUUGUUCCCGACAGUCCUUGUUUUUUAAAAGCAGUUUGUUUGUGCAGUAUUUGUUCGAGUUAUUCGCCGAAAACUGCUAUUUUUAUUUUUUUAUUUUGAAUUUGUACUGUAAUUACAAGCUGUGUUCAGACAUUGCAUUUGUUGCCUUGAGAUGAAUAAAUACCCACUCGGAUGGUAUCUGUUGAGAAUUUAU